UCGUCCCCCUUCCAAGUUGAUUCCAUCUUGUUAUGCCCCUAUGCUGCCGAUGCUCCAUUGAAUCCCCCCGUGUGCAUCCUCUCUUGUUGAUGAUCCGGAGGGAUUUGGUGCCGUUUCCAUGAUCGAUAAUCACCUUUUGAUUGAGUUGCUAAAUCGUCGGCUGGACCUGCCCUCUUCUUCCAUCCCUGGGAACAAAACGCCAAUCUUUUUCUAUGAUGAUUUUUCUGGCCCGCGCCGUUUAGGUCUUUCUGCCCAAAGGGGCUGAUUUUUUAUGUUUCUCUUCCCCUUCCAGUGCUUUCCGCUUUUGUGCUAAUGGCCGGGGUGGUUGGGGUCCAUUCAUGCCUCAUGCGGGUUGGGUUGAUACUUGAUACCGCCAAUAGCAAACCAACUGAUCAGUGGGUUCUUGCAAAACUCCAAUCCCCUUUCCUCUCUGCGUAUGCUUCCUGCAUCAAGCUUAGCGCUGGAAACGAUUACGUUUGCUUGGCCCAUACGACCGGGGGUUUGUCAUGUACCCACCCAUUGAGACGCUUUGAAAUUCAGAAUACAACUCGUUUGUUUAUUUAUUCCUGCUCUUAUCCGUGGUUUGAUUUCUUCAACCAAUUGUGUAAGGCCGAGGAUGAAAUGGUCCGAUGGCCCAUAAUCAACUCGAUUCAACUUUUAUUCUUAUUAUUUUAUUGCAUGGUUGUUGAAAGAACAAAAAGACCGGCUGCGGACCAAUUUGUUGACUUUCAAUAAUGGUGGUUGUUCAAGAGUUCAAGGCCCUUACGAUUAAGAUUGGCAGUCACUCUUCGACAAUGGCGAACACGGGUUUAUCACGGCGCAACUCUUGUCCAAAGGUUCACAGCUCAUUGUGCAGUGAGUUGACAAUGAUGCUAGAUAAAAUCUCCUCUAUUCUUCCAUCAAUUGAGGCAGCUCGACCAGGAUGUAAAGCAGGAAUACAGGAAUUGUGCAACCUAUACCAUAUAGUUGAGAAAGGAAGACUCAUAAGUCAGCACUGCGUCGAAUGUAGCAAACUCUACUUGGCUAUUACUGGAGAGGCAAUUUUAUUACGAUGUGAAAGGGUCAGAGACUCACUUAAACGGAGUCUGUUCCUGAUUCAGAAUAUGGUCCCAACAGUGCUAGCUAAUCAGAUUGCUGAGGUCCAUAAUGACCUUCGAGAUGUAAAAUUUGUUGUUGAUCCAUUGGAGCAAGAGGCUGGCAAAUCAAUUUUAGAGAUGCUUCGGCAGUCUGAUGCAACUGAAGAACUUGAACUUCAGACAUUCGUGCAGGCAGCUUCAAAGUUAAACCUGACAUCUCCUAAAGCUGUCUUGAUUGAACGAAGAGCAAUCAAUAAACUGCUCGAUAAGAUUACUGGUACUGAUCCAAAAAAGGAGCAGGUUCUUAAGUUCUUCCUAUAUCUUGUUAAAAAGUAUGGAAAGAACAUCAAACCAGACACUGGUGAGCGGAAUGAAAAUUUACAAUCUGAAAGUCGGUCUUUGAGUUCAAGCUUAAGUCUUGCAAGCAAUGCCAGUACUCCUGAAAAGUGCCACAAGCCAACAUACUUCCAGGGAUACGAGUAUCAGAGUAGUAUGUCUGGAGAAACCACACCACCUACAGAGUUCUGUUGCCCAAUAUCAACAAAGCUAAUGUGUGAUCCUGUGAUAAUAACAUCUGGACAGACUUACGAAAGAGAAUAUAUUGAGAAAUGGUUCAGUGAGGGACACGACACUUGUCCCAAGACACAAAUGAAGGUAGAAAACUUUGCGAUGAUUCCAAAUACUUGCAUGAGGGAUCUCAUAUGCAAUUGGUGCAGAGAGCAUGGUUUCACAAUCUCAGAUUUUCUUCCAAGCAAAGAUUCCUACAGUUACUUACCAGAGCAAUUGAAUGGUCACUCUAUGUCAAGUUUGCACAAUGUUUCAGUACCUCUAAUUGCUGGGAAUGCCAGGAAUUUUGUGAUUGAUCACAGCAGUUCAUCUGUCGCGUUCUCUGAUGCCAGUUAUGUCUCAGAUUCCUCCCACGUGAAGGAUAUGGAGGAGCCGAAGGAUAGUUUUUCUCAGUUCUCUUGGAGUGCAGACUAUCAGAAGUAUCUGUCAUUCCACAACUUCAACCAGGCUAUGUUCCUGACAUUCUUCUGCGAGCUGUCCAAGCUCCCAUUAGAAAUACAAGGAAGCUCCAUUAAAGAUCUGAAGAGUAUUCUUCACAAUGACGAUGAUGUUUCCUGGGCUAUGAUAUCCCAUGGAUUUGUAGAAGCAUUCCUUGAAUUCUUGAGAAAUGAUAGCAGCAGCUACAGUAUGAAAGCUCAGCAAGCUGGAUUACAUUUUUUUCUUAAUUUCCUUUCGAACAGCAGGGCUAAGAUUCCAUCCAUGGAUGAAGAAGCAUUCCAUCUUAUCACGUCCUUCCUCAGUUCAGAGCUAAAAACUGAAGCUUUGUUGGUACUCCAUGAACUGAUUCGACACCUGAGUCAUCGGCAAUCCCGUCAGAUGGCCUCUAUUGUCACUCCUCCAGUUUUGGCAAUAUUGGCGUCUGAAGAUAUUGAGGGCCUUGAGCUUCCCUUGAAGAUUAUCUGUGACCUUUCAUCCGGUGCUGAUGUGAAGUCACAGCUGAUUUCACUGGGAAUAAUCUCGAAGCUGGUUCCCAUUUUGGCAGAAGGAAGCUUCGUGGAGUGCUGUUUGGAGAUUUUGCGGAACUUAUGCGAAGUGGAAGAAGCUAUGGCGCUUAUUACCAGAACAGACCGAUGCCUUGGUUCCAUUGCAGAGUAUCUAGACACAGGAAGCCCUAAAGAGCGAGAACUUGCAGUGAUAAUCCUUCUGGCAAUAUGUUCCCGUAGCGUGGAGGAUUGCUCCCACGUGAUGAAGGAGGGCGUAAUCCCCGCCCUCGUGGACCUGUCGGUGAACGGGAUUGAUGAAGCGAAGAGUUGCUCGUUCAAGCUACUGAAUCUUCUUAGGGACAUGAGGCAAAGCGAGAUCAACAACUCGUGUUCACAGGAAGUGGCGGCCGCCGAGGUGAUAGUAGAGGAUCCUCCCACGGAGAGCCCGAUUCACAGGCGGCCAGCAUCGAAGUCAUCUGGGUUUUUCCAAAGGAAGCUGAACAUUUUCUCGAAACCUCGGUCCCUGACGCUGUUUUGAGGACAGAGUUUGUAGGCCUUGUACAUGUUAGUACAACACUAACCGUUCUUUUUUUGCUUGGCAUAUAUAGAUGGUAAAAGUAGCAGUUGUAUUGCCCGGAUGAAAUGCUUGGUGAGAUGAUCUUUUUCAUCCUCGAGUCUUUCGGUAUAUAUUGGUUAGCAGAUUUACCAGUCUUGCAGAUUGUAGAUGUGUGUGUAUAAGAAGUAAAGAAAGACAGCUGGUAUAGUUCCAUCCAUGCCUGCCUUCAGUGGCAAAAAGUUUGCCUUUUUGUACCCUACUGUUCCACAGUAGCUGGAAAGCCCCAAAUGAAUGAAGAUUUUACUCAUCUUA